CGGCUCCGGCUCCCCGGCACCAACCGGAAGCGCGGAGGACGGAGCGGGAGACGCGGUCGCGCCGGUUCCAGCCUCCCUCGGCGGCUCCGGGAUCGGCGCCGCUCGCGUCCCGCCAGCCCGGAGUCCCUCGGGAAAGGUUUUGCAGUGGUAUAUUUUGUCAUUAUGAGAUGUCGUCUACCAGUGCUUCAUUUGUGCAAAUUAAAUUUGAUGACUUGCAGUUUUUUGAGAACUGCGGUGGAGGAAGCUUCGGGAGCGUCUACCGAGCCCGAUGGAUCUCUCAGGACAAGGAGGUGGCUGUAAAGAAGCUGCUCAAAAUAGAAAAAGAGGCAGAAAUACUCAGUGUGCUCAGUCACAAAAACAUCAUACAGUUCUAUGGAGCUGUCAUUGAGCCUCCAAAUUAUGGCAUUGUUACAGAGUAUGCUUCUGCUGGCUCACUGUUUGAUUACAUUAAUAGUAACAAAAGUGAAGAGAUGGACAUGGAUCAUAUCAUGACCUGGGCAACUGACAUAGCUAAAGGAAUGCACUAUUUACACAUGGAAGCUCCAGUCAAAGUAAUCCACAGGGAUCUGAAGUCCAGGAAUGUUGUUAUAGCUGCUGAUGGCGUAUUAAAGAUCUGUGAUUUUGGAGCCUCAAGGUUCCACUCCCAUACAACACACAUGUCAUUAGUGGGCACUUUUCCAUGGAUGGCCCCAGAAGUUAUCCAAAGUCUCCCAGUGUCUGAAACAUGUGACACAUACUCGUAUGGAGUGGUUCUCUGGGAGAUGCUAACAAGGGAGGUCCCCUUUAAAGGCUUGGAAGGAUUACAAGUAGCUUGGCUUGUAGUGGAAAAAAACGAGAGAUUAACCAUUCCAAGCAGUUGUCCCAGAAGUUUUGCAGAACUGAUGCACCAAUGUUGGGAUGCGGAUUCAAAGAAAAGGCCAUCAUUCAAGCAGAUCAUUUCAAUCCUGGAAUCUAUGUCAAAUGACAGUAACCUUCCAGACCAGUGUAACUCAUUCCUGCAUAACAAGGCAGAGUGGAGAUGUGAAAUUGAGGCAACCUUAGAGAGACUAAAGAAACUGGAGCGUGAUCUGAGCUUUAAGGAGCAGGAGCUAAAGGAACGGGAGCGGCGUUUGAGGAUGUGGGAGCAGAAGUUAACCGAACAGUCCAAUACUCCUUUUUUCUUACCUCUUGCUGCAAGAAUGUCUGAGGAGUCUUACUUUGAAUCUAAAACAGAGGAGUCAAACAGUGCAGAGAUGUCAUGUCAGAUCACAUCAACAAGUAACGGGGAGGUAGCUGGCAUGAACCAAAGUCUGAAGGCCUUGAUGAUGACGGGCUUUGGGGAUAUCUUCUCUCUGAACAAAGCAGGAUCUGUCCUGCAUUCUGGAAUGCAGAUAAACAUGCAAGCCAAAAAGAAUUCUUCUAAAACCACCUCUAUGAGAAAAGGAAAGAAAAUCAACAUGGCUUUGGGUUUCAGUGAAUUCGACUGGUCAGAUGACGAUGAUGAUGAUGAUUAUUUUGAUGACACAGAUGAUAGCAGCGAAUGAAAUCAGUUAUAGAAUUAACCCUGAAAUCAGUUUUAGCAAAGCAAAACAAUAAAGUUUUAGAACGAGAAUCCUGUCAGUUUGGUCUGUUUAAAUCCUGUAAAAGAAGAAAAAAUGUGAGACAUUUUCCAGGCUGAGCAUGUUUGUGUGUAGAAAGACAUGUUGUUUUUGUUUAGAUUGUGCUGACUUAUUUCUGCUUUGAUUAAAUUUGGAACUAAACUUUCCAAAUUAAUUGAGAUUAUUAUUAUUUUAAGAACCAUGAUUAUAAUUCUUGAUGCCUGAUUACAGAAACUGUGGCUUGAUAAACUUAAGAUCUGAAAACAUUGGGGGAAACUUCAAUGCCUUUAAUGCCAUUAAUGUACUUCAAAUUUUUCUUUUGUGUUUUUUGUCAUUUCCCUUACUCCUUUAAUUGUCAAUCAUAUGAAUAUGCUUGUACUUCCAAAUUUGCUAUUCUCUACCAUCCAUUCUUUCUCACUGUUGCAGUGAAGGGGUUUGCUGUGUUUCUAAUCUAAAGAAUUUUUUCAAGGCCACAUUGUGGGAAGUCACAAAUAUAUUUCUAGGAAGAGAGAAGCUUGGUUGGGGGAGAGAGAGGGGUUACUUAAAUACACAGUUUAAAAACUGAAUAGCAGCGAAUUCAGGUAGUCCCUAUUAGUAGGUGAUUUGUAUAAAUGUUCUUUUUUCUUCUCACUUGUAUGUGCAUGUGUAUAUAAUUCACUCUAGCAAAGAGAACUGCAAUCAGACCUGUGCAUCUAUUAUCAGAUAUUGUGAUCUAGAAGAUAAUUUUCAGUUAUGUUGAUGUAAAUCCAGGAAGCCUCAUUAACUCUGAUGGACUUAUUCUUGUACCUGAGUUUAAAAUCAGUGUCAGUAAAUUUUGAUUCUGUUGCAUCUCCUAAAGAGGGUGCGCUACCCUUAUGAAAGGACGAAGACGAGCCACAGUGACAUUUCUGCUCGGGCCUUACCACUGUGGCUUGUGUGACAUUCUCACAUGUGAGGGCAGUAACAUGAGGGACAUUUACUAGGCUCUGUGUACCUGGUUUUUGCAGCUAAAUCACUUUUAAAGUACUGCCACUGCGGUUAUGACUUACUGUAAAGCUUGGUGUGUAACAAUCUGCUGGCAAUAAUUGCCUGCCAGGCACAUAAUGUUGAGAGCAGUGAGUAUGCUUCUCCUGAUGACUCCUUUAGUGAUAACGCAGAAGGUGGGAGGGAAAACCAGUGCAAACACAAAUGCAGGUUAGAAAGCAAGAUGUUGUUGUAAAACAUUUGCCCAAGGAAGAAGGGCAGCAUUUCAAAAGAAAAACUAGUUCAGCUGUAGUGGGAAUAAGACAUCAAAAUUCCAUUCUCAAUUACUGGAGGGGUUUCUUUUCAGAAAACUUCAGGUUUUGAGUGGCUUCUUUAAUUACAGGCUUGCGUGUUACACAGCUCUAACCUACAUAUUAUGGUGAGUGUUUUUGUAGAUAGCUUAGAGAAAAAUGGAUACAUUAGAUAACAGCAGGCCUGAAAUCAUUACAUGUUCACUCAACAAAAGAAAAAGUUCUUUAAAGGAGUUCAUCUAGAGUGACAAGUGGACAUCUCUUUGGGUUAUGAGAGUUGAUUUAUCCUUAAGCAUCAACACUGGUCUGGUAACCUGCAAGGCAAUGAGUGCUGCGCUUUGAUCUAGCCUUCUCCACUCAGUUCACACAUGAUUAGAUCCUCCAAGAUGCUUAAUUUCUGUAGGAUGUCAUCCCACAUUCCACCUUCUUCAUAACAGUGGCAAAUCCAUUGGCUUUAAGUUAACCCUCUUGUAUCAGGAAACUUUUCUUAUGGCAGAAUUGUAAUGUAAAUGAUGCAAGAAGUUUACAGAGUAUCUCAAGGAGAAACUUGUUCCUUUGGCACAGGUAGCGAUGGCUUCUUAGGUCCAUUAAAGCAACCUGAUUUUAGGGAGAAAAAGGGUCUGAGCAGCAAAUAAUGGAAAUAAGAUGGAAAUAAGAGCAAAUAAGCUUCUUUCCAGUGCAGUUUUGUACUGUUUUUGUAAGUCUACGUCUGCUAACACCCACAGCAAUGAUACUAUUUUUGUAUAUACCCAACAAAAUUUGAUGGAUUUGUGUAAUCUAAUAGGUGCACUUUAGAUCUUAAGAUGUGUGCCAUUGUGCAUAAAUUACCACUGUAGGGUUGUACAGCUUUAGCUGAAAAUGAAAUGUGGUCCAUCACAUUUAGUAGGCAAAAGAAAAAGCAACAAAAAAACCUGUCCCUAGCACUGAUAUUUUGCACUUCCUUAGCUUCUGACAAUCUCAGAGCACUUCAUGCACAUUUAUAUUUGCAUGGGUUUGUAAAUCCACUCCCUCAGUCUUUACCAAAGUGAAAAAUAGUCCCUAAGUAGUAUGACACAGGGUUUCAUAGCUGCAAAAUCACUAUCACAGUUGCAAGAUUUAAGUCUGUCUUUAAGGUUUUGUGCUUACCCAGGAGUGUAACUUAUUUCAGCAAAAUACCAGAAUUUGGGAGCAUGCUCGCAGGAAUUCCUGCCAUCUACAUAGUUCCAGUAUUUUGUAAUGAAACAAAGAUGGACUUUCUUCCCCCCUCUUUCCCCUUUCUUUCCCCAUAUAGCUUAAUGUGCUUUGACAAAUAAAGUAUUAAGGAAAAAUUUGAACUCUUGUAAAACUUAACCUCUGUGUUCAAAGAAGCAAAGGCCUCUGAAAAAGGGAUAACACAACAAACUCUUCUAAUGCAGUUCCCUUGAAGACACUGUUAUAAUUACUAUAUUGGCUAGGCUUCCUAAAAAAAAUAGUGGUAUUAAUUGCAUUUUUACUUUCCUGUGAUGACUUUCAUAUCAGAUGUCUCCUGUUUGCAAGCCAAAAUCAUGAGAAUCAAGCUGUGUUGUUUCUGCUUCUGAUAUGCUUCUCACUAGAUUAAGGUUUUGAAAGUAGCUCUGGUGGGCAGGUGUGUUAGUUGGAGAAGGUCAGAAUAUUUCAUCUUCCACGCCUGAUUUUGCUCUGCAGUGCAACCCAGUCUGUCUUCUACCUGUAUUAUAACCAGGCUAUAUAGAUUUCCACAGCAAUCCACAGACAGAUAGUGUGUCAGCUUAAGAAAGCAUUAACCAAACCGAGAAGGUGCUAAUGUGGCUGCUCUGAGCUGUGAGCAAACCCACCAAAAGCCUUCCCAUGCUUCGUACACCUCUCAGCUCACUAGUCCUCACCAGGCCUUUUGAGAUCCCCGUUUUCUCUACCUUCCAUAAAGCCCUGGAGGUAUCCACCACAAAAUAAUAUUGCUGCCUUUGACAGAGGAGAAAGGUAAGAACAGGAGGCCUGAACCUCUUGGUUUUACUGUACAGGACAGUUGCAAUGCCAGCAUUGACUUAGAUAGGUAAAUGGCCCAAAAGAAGAAUGGUGAUCAGCUUUUGGCUUGCUUAAAGAUAGGGGGUGAGCUUGGGACCAAGACAGGGUGUCCAACUCCCAACUCCCUUUCUUGUCCUUCAGGAAGAAAUGGAUGGGGGGAAUUAACAGAGGAAAACCUUUAGAUGUGGCAAUCACAGGACUAAUUCCUUGGAGUAGCAAGUGUCCCAAGGUACCGUGUGUAGGUGUGCUGAAUCCCAGUCCAUUGUGCGCUGCCUCAUAGGAAGGGCUUCCAGGAAGUGAGGUCGUUUGUUUAUUGUUCCAGUAGUUUUGUUAGAUGUCGAGUCCCUUUCCUUCUGGGUUUCAAAGCGGUUAUUCUGCGUUAAACAUUUUCAAUAAUGAUUUAUAUUGCUGUCAGCAGUAGCAGUAAAUCCAUACUGUGCAUGUCGCUGUUAAGUAUUCAGCAGCGUUACUGUGUGUCUUUAGAACUGUAGUGCCUUUUUCUGUAAUCAGGCAGCUUUUACAGGUUUUUAAUAAGACCUCUACCUUGACAGAGGUUUUAACUACAGUCCUAGGCAGAACGUUCAGGUAGAAAAAUAAGUUCAUUUAGUAAUUUUCACAGCCCUUAAAAUGCACUGGUAGGAGCCUGGGGGAGAAACCUUCCCCUUUUCCCCCAGACUUUGACUUAGUGUACACUGUAAAAUCUGCACAGAGAUUUCUGAUGUGUGAAGAUUUAAUUCUAAAACUGUAGAACCAACAACUUUCUUUAAACAUUUUAUAUUGUGUGCUGAAUAUUCAUAUGCCUUUUAAAGUCAGAUAUAGUCCACUGCAUUUCUUGCUUUUGCACUACCGAAGAAGUUUUGUACUGAAUAGUAGGAGUCAAUGCUACUUACACUUCAAGUGUGAACCGAUGAGAUUUGAAUAGAAAAUAUUUUCACAGUGUUAGAAAACUUCAUUUUCCCUUCUGAAAAACAAAAGCUGAGUGCAACGCCUGUGCCGAAACUCUUGUGCUGUAAACUGAAUAUAUCAUUUGUGUGGAACAUGCAAUGUUACACUUCUGUGUGGUAAAACCUUGCAGCGUCAGUUACUCUCUUUAUUGCACUUGACAUAUGAUGUCUUGUUUUAUUCACACUGUGGAUUUGAUUUUCCAGUGUAAAACCAAAGCAAACAAACAGAAAGAAAUCAUGCAAUGUAUUCGAUUUCCUCAAUUGGUGUCAUAAACUUUCUUUUGAUGUGAACUUUUUCCUUUGCUUCAUUUUGUUCCAAACUUCUAUUUUGCAAUAAACAUUUUGACAGUAAAUUUUA